UAUGACUUUCCUAUUGAAAGUCAUUUUCGACCAGAAUUUAUCCGCCCACCACCACCUCUCCAUAUUUGUGAAGAUGAGUUAGCUUGGUUAAAUCCAAUAGAGCCAGAUCAUACAAUUCAGUGGGAUAAGUCAAUGUGUGUUAAAAAUAGUGCCGGAGUGGAAAUCAAACGAAUCAUGGCCAAAGCAUUCAAAAGUCCUUUGUCAUCACAGCAACAAACACAGCUUCUUGGAGAAUUGGAGAAAGAUCCUAAGCUUGUUUACCAUAUUGGUCUCACUCCUGCCAAAUUGCCUGAUCUGGUGGAAAACAAUCCUUUGGUAGCUAUAGAAAUGCUGCUUAAAUUAAUGCAAUCAAGUCAGAUAACUGAGUACUUUUCAGUAUUAGUCAACAUGGACAUGUCUCUACAUUCAAUGGAAGUUGUAAAUCGGCUCACUACAGCAGUUGAUCUUCCUCCAGAAUUUAUUCAUCUUUAUAUAUCCAAUUGUAUUUCUACUUGUGAACAAAUUAAGGAUAAGUAUAUGCAGAAUCGGCUGGUACGUCUUGUUUGUGUAUUCCUGCAAUCCUUGAUUCGAAACAAAAUAAUUAAUGUACAGGACUUAUUUAUAGAGGUACAAGCCUUUUGUAUUGAAUUCAGCCGGAUAAGAGAAGCAGCUGGACUUUUUCGAUUGCUGAAGACACUCGACACUGGAGAAAAUCCUUCAGAAACAAAGACAUCCAAAUAAGACUGAUUUGGAACUUUUUUUUUUUUUUUUACUUGAUUAGUGUGAAAAAAAUUCUGUAUA